AUGGGUUUCUGGUUAGUGAACAACUUCAAUCACAUGGAUCGAAAGUUGCACUUAUAUGAUGGUGAAAAGGUGCACGUGAAGGAAGAAGAUGUUCAUGCAGCACUAGGCUUGCCCCGUGGAGAGAUUGACAUUAGAAUCAAGAAGAAGAGAGCUACAUCGAACCUUCUUGAUGAGUGGGUUAGUUUGUUCAACGUUAGAAUCUUACCGAAUAUUUCGGCGUCAAAGGUGCUGGAUAAGAUUCGCGAGUGUAAAGAUGGUGGUGACUGGUUCAAGCGUCAUUUUAUCGUGCUUAUGGUUACUUGUCUGUUCGAGAGCUCUUUAAAAGGGAUGGCAAACUUUUGUUUAGUUCAUAUGCUCGACGACCUAACCAAAGUACGCAAGAGGAACUGGUGUUCGUACAUGAUCCGAUGCCUUGUGGACACUAAGAGAUCGUGGAAUGCUUGCGUUAUUUUUUACUGUUUGAUGCAACUAUUCUAUGUGGAUAAUGUUGUUCUGUCGUUGAGAUCUGUUGGACGGUCAUUUCCCAUAUUUGUGUCAUGGACCACUGAGUCGUUAAGAGCUAGGGAACGGGACGAGAUUGCUUUUGGAGCUUUUGGGAGGGGAUUUGUUGAUGCAAACACACACGUGGUCAUUGACCGUCACAAUUCUGACAGAGAUGAUGCCACAGCCAACGAUAAAAAAAUCACCAGCACAAUGGAAACCAGUGUGCAUGCUUAUGUUCAAGAAUUUGCAUCUAAGACACAGCUUUUUGCUACAAUCGGAGAUGAAAUUUUGCAGCUGGUUAAGAAGGCACCACAAGUUCUAGUCAGAGACGAGAACUUUAUGAAAAUACAAGGCGCGGCUCAAAAGCUUUUUGGUGUGUAUACCGAAUCGCCUAAAGCAAAUCCCGACCUUCACGAUCCAAGUAAACAGAAUCAUACGGUCCCUGCGAGUGAUAUGGCUAAGGACAAUGCAACGGGUGAUGCAUAUCAGGUGGUAGAUGAUGCAUUCUGGAAUGAUCCUGAAAUAUUAGCGUCGAUAGAUUUGAUUUUGAAGGCGGCUGAGCGACGCGAUCAUUUGAAGAGGAUGCAGCUUGAUGUGCCCAGUUUUAGUUUAGGUAUCUCGUUAAAUGAAGAUGAUGAAGGUGACGCCCGUCAUCAACAGGUCCCCGUGUGA